GACUAUAGUCGGUCAUAUUCGCAUGACUAAAACAAGAAAAGGCUUCUUGUUUUUGUGUUUUCAUGUUCAUUCCAACGACAAUGGCUUGAAAAGACAACCCAACCAAACCCUAGACUCGCCCUAACUCUCCUCUCUUGUCCUCGCAGAUUAUCUUUUCUCUCCGAAUUAUCCUUCAAUUCACCGAUUCUCUGCGCGACGAGACCUUUGCAGAUCUGAUUUCGUAACAGGCAGUUUCCUUUAGUUUAAAUGUCGUGUGUUGCUAUUGAAGCUACAUCUUUUGGAGCUGAAUUUAGUGAAGGUUGUUUGAUGGAUAAUGACUAUUCCGAUGGAUAAUACUUCAGAUCUUUCAUCAAGGGAUCGCGUUCAACGUCUUUAUAGCAAUAAUGUUGAGUUGGAGAAUAGGCGCCGGAAAGCAGCACAAGCCAGAAUUCCCUCAGAUCCCAAUGCAUGGCAACAGAUGCGAGAGAACUAUGAAGCUAUUCUCCUUGAAGAUCAUGCUUUCUCUGAACAGCAUGAAAUAGAGUAUGCUAUAUGGCAGUUGCAUUACAGGAGAAUUGAGGAGUUACGUGCGCACCUUAGUGUUGCUCUUGCGUCAACAGGAUCGACCACUCCUCAGAAUGGGAAAGGUACCACACGACUUGGACCUGAGCGACUCACAAAAAUUCGUUCUCAGUUUAAGACCUUCCUUUCGGAAGCAACUGGGUUUUAUCACGAUUUGAUGGUUAAAAUUAGAGCUAAAUAUGGUCUACCACUGGGUUAUUUCUCCUAUGAUCAAGAAAAUGAGAUUUUGUCUAAAGAUGUAAAUAUAUCUGCUGAAGCGAAGAAAGGUUUGGUCUCCUGCCACCGUUGUUUGAUUUACCUUGGGGAUCUUGCUCGUUACAAAGGGUUAUAUGGGGAGGGUGAGUCCAAAGUGCAAGAUCUUGCAGCAGCGUCAAGUUACUAUAUGCAAGCUGCUUCACUUUGGCCUUCAAGUGGCAACCCUCAUCAUCAGCUUGCAAUACUGGCUUCUUAUUCAGGGGAUGAACUGGUGACAAUUUACCGAUAUUUCCGAAGUCUGGCAGUUGAUAACCCUUUUACCACUGCAAGGGAUAAUUUGAUUAUUGCAUUUGAGAAGAACCGUCAGAGUUAUUCCCAGCUGCUUGGGGAUGCCAAAGCUUCUGUCAAGAAAACCCCUGGGCGGAUGACUGGAAAAAGGAGACAAAAAGGUGAAACAAGGGUUCCAAAAGAUAAUAGAGUAGAAGCUAGUUUUGUGAAGGAAAGAUCAUCUAGUAUACAUGAAACUCUUAAAGCCUUCAACAUUCGUUUUGUUCGACUGAAUGGCAUACUUUUCACACGGACAAGCUUGGAGACAUUUGGUGAAGUUUUCUCUAUGGCUAAAAGAGAUUUCCUGGAGCUUCUUUCUUCUGGGCCAGAUGAGGAGUACAGUUUUGGUUCAGAUGUUGCCGAGUGUAGACUUGUGAUUAUUAGAUUGAUAGCCAUUCUCAUAUUCACUGUUCACAAUAUGAACAGAGAAACUGAAAAUCAGUCUUAUGCUGAAAUUUUACAACGUUCAGUUAUGCUCCAGAAUGCAUUUACUGCUGUUUUCAAGUUCAUGGGACACAUUCUUGAGAGAUGCAUCCAGUUGAAUGAUCCUUCAAUGAGCUAUCUGUUGCCUGGCAUCAUGAUUUUUGUGGAAUGGUUAGCAUGUCGGCAAGAGAUUGCAGUUGGCUCUGAAGUGGAGGAGAAACUAGCUAGUGCUAGAUCCUUUUUUUGGAACCACUGUGUUUCCUUUAUGAACAAGCUCUUGUCAAGUGGAUUCUCGUCAAUUAAUGAGAAUGAAGAUGAAACGUGUUUUUUCAAUAUGAGCAGGUAUGAUGAAGGUGAAACUGCCAAUCGGCUUGCAUUGUUUGAAGACUUUGAAUUAAGAGGAUUUCUGCCUCUUCUUCCCGCACAACUAAUCCUUGAUUUUUCAAGGAAGCAUUCAUUUGAAAGUGAUGGUGGCAGUAAGGGGAAGAAAACUCGUGUUCAGAGGAUUAUAGCAGCUGGAAAGGCUCUUGCUAAUGUGGUUCAAGUUGGUCAACAGGGAAUUUAUUUUGAUCCAAAGUUGAAGAGAUUUGCCAUAGGUGUUGGGCCACAAAUGUCUGAUGAUGAUUAUUCACUUUCUAGUUUGGAGAUCCCCAGAUUAAAUGGUACUGAACAAGAAAAUGUAUCAGAAAAUCACUUGAAUCUUGGCCUUUUGCAGCCAAAGGCACAGCUAUACAUGGAUGGGGAAGAAGAGGAUGAGGUGAUUGUCUUCAAACCAACUGUACCUGAGAAGCAUGCUGAUGAGGUUGCUUCAAAAUUGACCAAUUCUGAGGUUUUGGGGUCUGGUGUUAAUAGCUUCAAGGUUGAUUUGGGAAAUCAUGUUGGGUCUGUUUCAGCAUCAAGUGAUGGUUUCAUUUUGCAGAAUGAUUUCAAUAUGAGUUCCAGGCCACAGCCAUCUCCUGCUAACAGUACUACACAGUAUUUGUUACCAAUCCAACCAAAUACUUCAAAAUGGCUGGUAGAACAAGAAGUUUCUAUUGCAAAUGAACCAGCCAAGUUGAGCUUUUUGGAGAAUGGUUUUCGUAUGAAACACGAGUUGCAAAAUCAAUUAGGAGCUUUGCAGCCUACUGCUCUUUCUGUUCCAUUUCCUCAUCAGUCUGUUAAUCUCAGUGCUGGACGUCAAUAUCCAGUUCAGGUCUCAGAAACUGCAGUCCCUUCUAUGUUUGAUUCAAUUAUGUCACCAGCAACUGUUUUGGAUAGCUUGUCCAUGCAGUUGUCGUCAAUGGUGUCAUCAGGUUUGAGAAACAGUCCAGUAAGCCGACCUGUUAGGCAUUCGGGUCCCCCACCUGGGUUCAGCUCCAUUGCUCCCAAACUUGUGGAUGAGUCCUCGUCUGGUGUAUUAUUGAAGAAUGAAAAUCAACCAAUGGAUGAUUAUAGCUGGCUAGAUGGGUAUAAGUUGCCAUCAUCAACACAAGGCUUUGCAUUCAAUAAUUCCACAACUCAGUCAGCAGACACAUUUCGUCCUGCGAUUAAGAACGAUGGCUCGAUGGGGAUGGUAAGCUUUCCCUUUCCUGGAAAACAAGUAUCAACAUUGCAAGUCCAUGCAGAAAAACAGAAAGGCUGGCAGGAUUAUCAAUUUUCGGAACGUCUGAAACUAUAUCAUGAGCAGCAGCAGCAGCUUCAGGAAGGAAAUCAACAGCCUGUUACACUGCCAGAGCAAUAUCAAGGACAGUUUCCCUGGGGAGGUCGUUUCUUUGUGUGAGAUGAUUAUGGGAUAUAGUCGGUAAGACGAUGCAUUUUUCAGGCUUUUCAGACUUUACUACAAGUUAUAAUAAACUAUGGUUUAGGCUGUUGAGGUGAACUGAUUUCAUUUAGUGAUUCCUGUGAAAGGAGGUGAACAAUCUACUGUGAUGGAUGUCCGGUGGCCUGGUGCAGCCAGUUCAGACAUUGUCUUUGCAGUGUGGCCAAUGUUACUUUCUGUUGGAGCAUGGAUGGUCUUGGAGUGUUGCAGGCACCUGCUAAUGAACAGCUGGUGCCAAGGUUUCUAGACCGCAUGAAUGGAGAUUAUGAAAAUAGGUGUCGGAAAUGUGGAUUUUAUGAGGGUAAGAUAUCCUUGUCUGGUUUGAUGGUUGGACGUGUAACGUGUAAGCAACUAAUAUUGGAUGGUAGUGGGCAAGUUUUUGAAGUCGGAUGGAAUGAAGUCCAAGCUAUUCUACUUGAUUGAUUAAAAGGUAAGUAUUUGUUCGUUUGGGAGAUGGGUAGUUUUUGCGAUACUUGCCAUGAGCACGGCAGUUCUUGGCUGGUGAGUGUUUGAAAUAGAAAACAUCUUUGCAGUCUCGGCAGAGCUGCCUAUAAGUUCUGGGGAAAAAACUAUGGAAAAAGUAGUUGUCUUGGGUUGGAAUUUGAUGUUAGAUGAAAAAUAAGUACAUGGUUAAAGAUGCAUUUUGGUAUUUCUUGUCUAAUGCCUUAUGGUUGUGUAUGAACUUGCCCUAAAGUUGCUUUUUUGGAGCGUUUGUGAAUCAAUGCAGCUUCAGUAUUGUUCAUGGAUCUUUUUACAGUUUAAAUACUUCAGUACAGCAUCUUGCGUUGA